UGAGAGUAAGGUUCUGAUAAAUUUCGAAAAAGAAAAGAAAAGAGAAGAGAGAUUUCAGGGAAAAAAUAAGGAAAAUGAAUGGAAUCAACUAUGAAGUUCCUCUCUCUCUCUCUCUCUCCCAAGAAAAAAAAAAAAAAAAAAAGAAGAAGAAAACACUAUGAAAGUCCGUUCACGCCAUCUCUUUCCCUUUAUUUAUAUACCUCAUCUAAUUAUGCAGUUGCAUUUUAGCUCCUUUCUAAAACCAUGGCAAUGGAGAACAGCAAACAUGAAUUCUAUCAACACGUCGUCGUAAUGAGACAUGGUGACCGCAUCGACAACUUCGACCCGCUCUGGACUUCCACUGCUCCUAGGCCCUGGGACCCGCCCCUUGUAGAUUCGGGUCUCAUUAGGGCUUUUUCCACCGGCAGGAACUUGAAAUCCCGUCUCGCCUUCCCGAUUCACCGCGUCUUUGUUUCUCCUUUCUUCCGCUGCGUCCAGACUGCUUCCCAGGCUGUCUCCGCUCUCUGCGCCCUCGAGGACGGUCCUGACGUCACUGCCGGCGACGGCAUCGCUAUCGAUCCCUCCAAAGUCAAGGUAUCUAUAGAGUAUGGAUUAUGUGAGAUGUUGAAUACACAAGCCAUUAGACAUGAUGUGGCACCUAAAGAUGGGAAAUUCAGUUUCAAUAUCUCUGAGCUUGAAGCCUUGCUACCAUCCGGCACAGUGGAUCACACUGUUAAACCAGUGUAUCAAGAGCUGCCAAGAUGGGAAGAAACGGUGACAAGUUCAAGAACUAGAUAUGAACAAAUUGUUAAGGCUCUUGCUGAUAAAUACCCAUCAGAGAACUUGCUGCUUGUCACACAUGGGGAAGGAGUUGGUGUUUCGGUUUCUGCAUUCAUGAAAGACGUAACCGUGUAUGAAGUAGAGUAUUGUGCAUAUUCAGAACUAAGGCGGCUGAUUUUAAAGGAAGAGCAGACAUAUACAACUGGAGAAUUUGAGGUGCUUACCAAGAGUGGUGAAACUGGCAUUGGUUACUACCCUUCAGUUUCUACAGCCAAUGGCAUCGAAUGAUUUCUUUUCGCCAUUUUUCGUAUUGACAUGGAAUUAAAAUUCAGAUUAAACACUAUGCUCACUGUUUUGGUGCUUUUCUUGCAUUGCUCUGCAUUUAGAUGAGAGCUCUUUGUAGCAAUUCUUGUUUCUUGGCUAAUUGAGUGUACCAGCCAAUUAGAUACAGGUAUUGCAUCAUGGCAUUGCCUCAUUCCGUACUUUGAUUCUUAGCACAGGGAAAUAAACUUAUGUGGUGAAUCAAGUUCAACUUGAAUAAACAUGAUUGAACUUCAACUUUCAGCUGAA